GCGCGCAGGAACCAUACUGCUGCCCACUUCCUCCUCUCUUCCUCGCAAUGGAGCUAGGCCUCGCGCUCCGGCUCCUGGCGCCGCCGGCGUGUCGCUCCCGCCGAGCUGUUCUUACUCCGCCGUGUGGAAGCAGCGUCCGAGCCGCGAGGCGCGAGCGGUGGGCUGGGGCUGUGUCGUCGAGUGGGAGCUUGACCUAUUCGGCAGUUGAAGAGGAGGUGGAGGAGGAGGAGGAGGAGGAGGAGAGUGAUACGGAGGUGAUGAGGCCGCGUCUGGAGCUCAUCGAGAAGCCGGACCGGAGCCUGGCACUGCUGGACGAGUACGAGUCGGAGGAGCUGGGGACGUCUCAGUGCGCCAAUCACCGCAGCGGUUACGUUGCUGUGUUGGGGAAGCCGAAUGUUGGCAAGAGCACCCUCAUAAACCAAAUUGUUGGUCAGAAGCUUUCGAUUGUAACAGAUAAACCACAAACUACGCGUCAUCGCAUUCUUGGCAUAUGUUCUGAACCUGAGUACCAGAUAAUACUUUAUGACACGCCGGGUGUCAUUAAGAAGGAAAUGCACAAGCUAGACUCGAUGAUGAUGAAGAAUGUUAGGAGCGCUAUUGGUAAUGCAGAUUGUGUGCUUGUUGUCGUUGAUGCUUGCAAAGUGCCUGAAAAGAUAGAUGAUAUGCUGGAAGAGGGUGUGGGAAACAAAGAUACCCCGGUUCCUAUCGUAUUGAUACUGAACAAGAAAGAUAUGAUAAGACCAGGAGAAAUUGCAAAAAGACUUGAGUGGUAUCAGAAAUUCACUAAUGUGGAUGAUGUUAUACCAAUAAGUGCUAAAUUUGGUCAUGGAGUGGACGAUAUCAAGGAGUGGAUAUUGUCAAAGCUUCCUCUGGGUCCUGCUUACUACCCCAAGGACAUAGCUAGUGAACACCCUGAGAGAUUUUUUGUUGGGGAGAUUGUAAGGGAAAAGAUUUUUCUUCAAUAUAGGCAGGAAAUUCCAUAUGCAUGCCAGGUCAAUGUGAUAGGUUAUAAAAGCAGGCCUAGCGCCAAGGAUUUUAUUCAAGUUGAGAUACUUGUCGAGAGGGAAUCACAAAGAAGCAUAAUCCUUGGGAAGGACGGGAAAGCUAUAAAGACAUUGGCGACAGCAUCACGGCUUGACAUUGAGGACUUCCUUCAAAAGAAAGUUUAUCUUGAGAUAGAUGUCAAGGUGAAGGAAAACUGGCGACAAGAUGAACGGCUUUUGAAACGUUACGGCUACGGUGGGGAGAUCCAAGCGCUAUGAGUACAACUGUACAAGUAAGCAUGAUGUCUGCUUAUCAGAUCCUAAGAAUAGGAAAUAGCCCAGAUUUUUCUUCUUCUUUUCGUUUCCCUUUUGUUGAACGAGGUCUAGUCCAUUUAGGUCAAGCCUUUACUAGUGAGGUACUGUUGCCAAAAUUUUGUCGUACGUCUGGUUUUGGUGUAUCAUGUGAUUGUUCUUGUUUCUAGGUA